AUGUUGGACAAGUUCAGAUGUGAUUACAUCAUUCACUUCUAUGGCGCCGUUUUUAUACCAAACAAGAUAUGUAUGGUCACCGAAUUUGCACAAUUUGGGAGUUUACAAGACUUGAUUAAACACAAAAGAAGUGAUGAAAUUGAGACCAAGUUGCGAGUUAAAAUGUUACUUGAUGCAGCUAAAGGUAUUUCAUAUUUACACAAGAAUGGGAUAUUACACAGAGACAUCAAACCAGACAACAUUCUUGUGUUCUCACUUGAUGUAAUAGAGAAAAUGAAUGCAAAAUUGACAGACUUUGGAAGUGCAAGAAACGUCAAUCUACUGAUGACUAACAUGACUUUCACUAAAGGUAUUGGAACGCCAAUUUAUAUGGCACCCGAGGUGUUGGACAGAAAGAAAUACAAGAAAUCGUCUGAUGUCUAUUCAUUUGCAAUGACUAUGUAUGAGGUGUUACAAUGGGAUUUCGUGUUCAAAAAAGACGAUGAGAGGUUUCUACAUGUUUGGAAUAUCGCAGAUUUCAUUUCCAGUGGUAAAAGAUUGGCCAGAUCUGACGUUAUCUCGAUAAAAGAGUUUGACAUCAUUCAAAAUGCUUGGAAACAAGACCCCAAAGAAAGAAUUCCAAUCGAAAAAGUUAUUGAAAAACUGGAAGAAUUUAUGUGA